AUGCGAAGAGUAGGAGCGGUUGGAGGCGCUGCUGCUACGUAUGCCUUACUAAGAAGACGCAAACCCGCUCCAGGUUUUGGAGCAACAAUUGGAUUCACAAUCUUGGGAAGUAUUGCUGGUGGUGGUCUACUGAUGCCUGCAGGUGUGAUGUGGGGAAAGGCGGACAUGCAAAAUGUAGAAGAUCCUUCGCAUUUUGCUCGUGUUCUUCAGGGUGCUGCUGAUGAACGUCAAGGAAGAAUUGCACCGGGUACAGCACAAAAUGGAAUGGGAAAUGCUGGACCAGUUCAAGCAAACCGUCCUCAACAAUUCGGACAGCAAGGCGGAUCGAAUGGAUCAUCUUAUCCCAACUUCCCGCCCCCAUCUCAAUCAACAAGAAGGACACCUCAACCGUCGUCCUCCAACAAUCAAUCCAAUCAAUGGGGUGAUGAUUCAUUCGAUGAAUCCGCUUUAUGGGCACAAAUACGCGGAGAUCGAAGUGAACAACCUAGCAGUUGGGAGCGAUUGCGACAACAAAAUGCUCGUGAAGCAUAUGAGAAGCGUAAUGGAGGAGCCGGACAAGAGAAAGAGAUGAAUGAUGUAGGCUCACGAUAUGGCGCACCACAGGCACAACGUGAAUUCGAAGCAAGUUUUGAUCGUGAACGUCGUGGAAUCGAUGGAUAGGCUGUAGGUUAUAUCAUGUAUAAGGUUGCUGCAAAUGUCAAAAUACGAAUUAAGGAACAGAAUGGCACCGUUUGAAUUGCGUGAAGUCAUGCGAUUCGCGAUUCGUAAGAUAUAAUUGAGAGUGAACGCUUUUGUUUGCAUCCGAUGUAGUAGAAAGAUGUGUGCUCUCCUCAUAAGACAAAAAUG